AAACGUGUGACGUCAAAGAUAAAAUGGCGCAAGCGCUGUAGAUUGAAAACAAUAUCGAGUUUGUUUACGGGAAACAGGACUUCGAAUGAUUUUAUUGAAAGCUUAAAGAAAAUUUGUAAAAAUGACAGCUGGAAAACAAGAUUACCCAAAGGCAUCAAAUGCUCUGGUGUUUGGUGGAAUGCUGACAUUCAUAGCUGGUAUGAUGCUUCUUAUGGCAUUUGCAAGCCCAUAUUGGAUACAGUCAUAUCAGGAAACAUUUAGUAAUUUUAAGCACAUGGGAUUGUGGGAGUACUGCUUUGAACAAUUCCGUUAUCCGUAUUAUCAGUUUCCUAAACUGUUUGAUGGAUGCCACUACGUAUUCAGUCAAGAAUAUUAUGUUAUUAGAGAAUGGCUGCUUCCAGGUUGGCUUAUGGUUGUUCAGGCUUUCGUAACAUUAGCACUGAUGUUGUCAUUUACAUCUCAAAGCAUCAUUGCUCUGGAACUUGUCCGUUGGCCACUGGAAUUUGUCUUGACAUAUGAGUGUUUUUUAUCAGGAAUUGCUUUCUUGUGCAAUGCUAUCACAGCUGCUUUCUUGUUCUUGGCUGUAACUAUAUUUGGCGGGGAAUGUUGGCGCCGUGACUGGAUAAUGUACCCUAAUUUCAACUACCUAUCUUGGUCUUACGGAUUUGCUGUGUUAUCAAUGUUUUGUCAUGGAUUUUCAGCAUUGUUUGUGUACUUGGAUGCUCGUAAGAACUGGAUAAUGCGCAAAGAAAGUCAGAAUUUGGUUGCACAGAUGCACCCUAAUCCUGGCCGUAAUGGUUUUGUAUGAAAACAAGAUGGAAAAGUGACAGUCGUACUUUCUUGCCAUGUUUGCUGGAAAUCAGUGGCAGAGAGUACUGAGCAUUAGAUGUGCAAUCUGUAUAUUCCCAGGAGGAAUUUAUCUGGUAUCUAAUGAACUGUAUGUGAAAAUUACAGAAUUUUAUGUCUUUGGUAUAUCUUACUCUUCCAUUUAUUCUGAUUGAUUAUCUUAACAAUAUUUUAAGUAUCACAUUUGCUUUUAAUUUCAGAACACACAACAAAUAAGUAUUUUUCUGUAUAAUUGCCUGUGAAUAAUCAUCUGUUGCGCACAAAGUAGCACGCGGGAGCACAUUUCCUAUUUGUUUUUUCUUCCCAUAUGUAAGUUAGUUUUAAGAAUAAAGUUGAAUCUCACUAUA